UCCAAGCUCACCAGCUGCCCGCCCUUCCUUAGUGUAGCCACCUUCGCAACGAACCCGACAUUGAUGAUCCAUGCGAUUGAGUCCCAAGCGGCUAACCGUCUUGUCGUCUACACAAGAUAAACUUGAUCGGUCUAACAAUGGCUGACGCCGUCCGAUUAAGCGCCGAGGAUUUUCGUGGUGUCUACGAGCAGAGCUUUAGAGAGUGGUCUGCAGUCUACCAUGCCGCAAUCAAGCAACCAGGCCUUCCACUCUCCUACCUCGCCAUCCAAAGCGCGUUCCGUCAGCACCCCUCCUUCCCACGCAACCUGCGUCUGGAACACGCCAAGUACGCCAAACACAGCCAAAUCUACGCGACGGGCCGUUCUUCUUGGGCGUCGACGCAACCAAACUGCGAAUAUGGAUUACCGCAUUUUCACCAACAGGUGCAGAUCAACGUGGCCUCAAGAAAUCCUAUCCCCCUAUCUAUCGGGACAACACCAGAGCGAGAGAUGCGCGUGGCAUCGUGGUUUGAGCGAGGUGACCAGAACUAUCUUGCUGUGCUGAUGCUGGCCUGGGCAUACAUUCUCUCCGCGCGGUGGGCCGAGAUCAUGCCUGGAGGUACAUCGCUCGUCUAUACGAGCUGCAAGGCCGACGAUUAUGCCCAGGACGUGCCAGUAACCGUUCCACCCGACAACCUCAGCGUGGCUGUCGACAUCAGAGACGCCGGUCCGGACGAGGCGCGAUGGUGGGCAGCCGUACUCGCUCCGGACCAGGGCUGGCAGGCGACCAUGUUGCUGGACCAGGACACGUUCUUUGCUCCGUGGUCGGUAAGGCUCCAGCCAGGCUGCCGGUUUGUGCUAUUAACGCUGUCAACCAUCCGAAGCCAUUCGGCGGCAGUGGCUCCGUCCUCUUCAGAAGCCCUUCGUUUUCUUGAAAAUUUCUGCGUUCGCCGCAACAUCACAGACCAGAGUCAGGCCGCCCUUGCUGCCGUGCUGCUCUUCCCAUCCAUGGGCAAUGGUCAAGGACUGCAGCUGCCAGCUUUUGCAACAGACCGCCUAGACGGUCCGACCGGGGUUUCCUCUUCUGUCCCACACCGACAGGGUCUCGACCUCGAUUGCGAGCUACGGCAUACUUUUGAACACAAGGACAAUCGCCUUGACAAGCUCAUCACUCUCAGCUGUCAUGUCAAAGGAAUUCGCCCCAUGCUGCUAAGCAGCUUCUACAAUCCCAGCGUCGAAUGCAACGCCGUUACCCCCUGGCUCCAGGGGGCGCUAGCAGCCAUUAAUUUGCUGGCUCAAGACGAUCCUCUUGUCCUCGGGCGCAUGCUGAUGGACCGACAACCGAAGGUGGCGCCUCUUUGGCUCGGCAUCACCGUCCUUGGGCUUCAGAAGAGACUCUUGCAGGACGUUGGUUACGGGUUAAUCCCCGUCGACCUCCACGCUGCCGUAUGGUCUGGGACGAUACAAUCCUUCAUCCAGCAACCCGUUUCAGACCCCCUCGUGGUAGACGGUCAGGUAUCCAGGGCGGAUCAGUGCCGGUUGCUGUUCCUCUCUCGUUCCGGGUCGCAUGACCGAGUACCUGUCUGCCAAUGGAGGCCGUUUGGCGGGACACCGCUUGAACAUACUGAUAUUGAAGUGCGUGUCCAUGCCAAGUGCAAAGGCCAUGGGCUUCGAUAUCAGGGAUUCAUAUGGGACUGUGUUGAUGGAAACACAACCUACCAAGCGCUCGACGACAACGACGUCUACGCAUGCCCAAGCCCUCCGCUUACACAACAGACAACAAAUUCGAGGCAAAACCCUGUUAUUGAUUACAAAAAUCUGGACCGCGAGAAAGAUUUUGUGUCAGAGAAUGCGACACGGAGCAUCUUCGGCUGGCUGCGUGUCAACGGAUAUGCACUGGACGAACAGGACAUAUGGAAACACGAAUGGUUGGACAUGCAUGAGUCUGACGAAGAGGUCGAGGAGCGGACCGAAGAGAGCUCUGGGAACAUGCCUAAGUCUUCCUCAUAUGUGGAAACUUGGAUAUCUGAGCUGUCUCACAAGUCUUAAUGUCGUAGAAAGGAGCCUUUGAAUCUUCAUAUUCCGCUAAUACUAUCGUCCUUCCACACCAGUACUAAUAAGGUAUCCUUGCAGCUUCUGCCUCGCCGAAUUUUGGAUACCUCGCUCC